AUGUCCAAACCAGACAAGUCUAAACCAGACAUGUCCAAAUCAGACAAGUCCAAACCAGACAAGUCCACACCAGACAAGUCUAAACCAGACAUGUCCAAACCGGACCAGUCCAAAUCAGACAAGUCCAAACCAGACAAGUCCAAACCAGACAAGUCUAAACCAGACAUGUCCAAACCGGACCAGUCCAAAUCAGACAAGUCCAAACCAGACAAGUCUAAACCAGACAUGUCCAAACCAGACAAGUCUAAACCAGACAUGUCCAAAUCAGACAAGUCCAAACCAGACAAGUCCACACCAGACAAGUCUAAACCAGACAUGUCCAAACCGGACCAGUCCAAAUCAGAGCUCCGGGAAUGGGAGGAAAAUAACAAACUCACACAGAAAACCAACUUCGACAAAAGACACGGUGCACGCCCCUUGAAGCCAAUUAAGGAAGGGGAAAAAGUGUGGAUCACUGACCAGAAGACCGAUGGACUCGUGAAGACAUCUGCAGGACCACCCCGGUCCUACAUAGUAAAGACGCCAAGAGGGGAAGUGCGACGGAACAGAUUCCACUUGAUCCCAAUGGAAAUGUCCGUAGGGAACGCCCAAACAGCUGACAAGAACGUCAGCAAUCAAGAAACGAUGGCAAUACCCGCAGGGAACGCCCAAGCAGCUGACGAGACCGUCCGCAGUCAAGAAUUGUCGUGCCCGGUGCCGUAG